AUGGCCGGAACAAAGCAAAAGACGCGUCCGUCCCGGGGAGGGCGUCCGUCCACAGGAGGAAAGUCGAGGGGCCGGCCGUCAUUGGCCUCGCAAGCUACUCCAGCAAAGAGAGGCCCCAGGUCGUCUGGUGUUUCCGCCGGCGACCCCACACCGAGCAGGAAGAGGUACCGCCACAAGCCCGGCACCAUGGCUCUGAAAGAGAUCAGGCGCUACCAGCGCAGCACCGAUCUGCUGCUUCUGAAGCUUCCUUUCGCUCGUCUGGUCCGUGAGAUUGCGCUCAACCUGCGCCCCGACGACGGCUCAGUCCUCCGCUGGCAGUCCCAGGCCAUUCAGGCGUUGCAAGAGGCCGCCGAAGCAUUCCUGGUCCACCUGUUCGAAGACACCAACCUCUGCGCCAUCCACGCCAAGCGUGUCACCAUCAUGCAGAAGGACAUCCAGCUCGCCAGGCGAAUCCGCGGUGCCUGGGGCGGUCUGGGCUGA